UGUAAAUUUUUGAGUUUCCCUCCAUUAAUUUUGUCGUCGUCUUCUUCAUCUUUUCUUUUUCAUUUACUCUCUGCCAGUGACGAGAAUCAGUGAAGUGAUCGUGCCCUAACUCUACCUUUCAGUUUCAUAUUCACACCCUCACUAACAAGAUUACAUAAAAGGAGGAGCCCGAGUUCAGGGUUUGGCUUUAAACUUAUUUCUCGAUAUAGAGAGACGGGAUUCAGUGGUCGUUGUUUUCCUGUCUUGUCUUUUCAAUUGGGUAUCUUUGGGAUUAGACGACCCCUGACUAAUUUCAAUGGCGGAUUACUACGAUAUUGAUGAUAUUAUCGCAGAAGAAGAGAUUGUCUCGGUCGUGUUCCAAAAGGCGGUAAACGGGGUUGGAAUCGAUCCUAGUGCUGAAACGGCUUGUGUAGAAUCAGGGUCCAAAGUAGAACUGCCUUUCUGGCUUGCUCAUGAACUACACCUUAGACAAGUAGCGACCAUAAAGCCCCCACCGUGUUUCAAUCAAAAAACCAGGUUGGAACUUGGGGCUGAUGCCGCUUGUGUGGAUCUGAGAUCUCGAUGUCUGUAUUUCUACGAAUUUGGAUGCAAAAUAGCUCCACUGGUUGGUGAUCGAGAUAUGGGGUCCUUCCUCUUGUCUGCAUUUAAGAACAGAUAUCAGGAAGUCCUGGCCAAGGCACAUACCGCUGCAUUUGCAGCUGCCUCUAAAUUAUUAACACUCUUAACAAAGGAAGAAACCAACUUGUAUGAGGCAGCUCAGUCCUCAAUGGCAGACUUUAAGAAAUGGCGGAUUGGUGGCCCUAGAUUCCAAAGAGCAGCUAUUCUUGGGAGGAAAAGGAAAUCAGCAGACUAGUUGCUAUCUCUAACUUUAUAAUGCAUUUCUUUUGCAUCAUAUGAAGUCUGAGGGAUAAAGAUAUUUUAUGCACUUGCAUAAGAAAUAGUUUGUAUUUGACAAGUAGAAGUACAACUCUACUUUUGUAUAUCUAGUUUUGUUAAUCUAUCAAUUUCUAAAAAUUUUGUUGGUCUUUUCA